UUCAAAGAUCAGCUCUUCUCCUGAGGGAAAAAAAUGGCGUCGGUUUGGGAUGAGGCGGAGGAUAGCAUCGGGGAAGAGGUGUUGAAGAUGUCCACGGAAGAGAUCGUCCAGCGAACCCGCCUGCUGGAUAGUGAGAUCAAGAUCAUGAAGAGUGAAGUACUGAGAGUAACUCAUGAGCUACAAGCAAUGAAAGACAAGAUUAAAGAAAAUAGUGAAAAGAUCAAAGUGAAUAAAACUCUGCCAUACCUUGUAUCCAAUGUCAUAGAGCUGCUGGAUGUUGACCCCAAUGACCAGGAAGAAGAUGGAGCAAAUAUUGAUCUUGAUUCACAAAGGAAGGGCAAGUGUGCUGUCAUCAAAACCUCUACUCGACAGACUUACUUUUUGCCUGUGAUUGGGUUAGUUGAUGCUGAAAAGUUAAAGCCUGGAGAUCUAGUGGGAGUGAACAAAGACUCCUACCUGAUUUUGGAAACCUUGCCCACAGAAUACGACUCAAGAGUGAAAGCCAUGGAAGUGGAUGAGAGACCUACAGAACAAUACAGUGAUAUUGGAGGGCUAGAUAAACAAAUCCAAGAGCUGGUAGAAGCGAUAGUUCUGCCAAUGAAUCAUAAAGAGAAAUUUGAAAACCUGGGAAUCCAACCUCCUAAGGGGGUGCUGAUGUAUGGACCUCCAGGAACAGGAAAGACUCUCUUGGCCAGAGCUUGUGCUGCACAGACAAAGGCUACAUUCUUGAAACUAGCUGGUCCACAAUUGGUGCAGAUGUUUAUUGGUGAUGGAGCCAAGUUGGUCCGAGAUGCCUUUGCAUUGGCCAAGGAGAAAGCACCUUCUAUCAUCUUUAUCGAUGAACUUGAUGCCAUUGGCACAAAGAGAUUUGACAGUGAAAAAGCUGGUGAUCGUGAAGUACAGAGGACCAUGUUGGAAUUGCUUAAUCAGCUUGAUGGGUUUCAACCCAACACACAAGUCAAGGUGAUUGCUGCAACCAAUCGUGUUGAUAUCCUAGAUCCUGCUUUGCUACGCUCGGGACGGUUAGACCGCAAGAUUGAAUUCCCAAUGCCCAAUGAAGAGGCCAGAGCCAGGAUUAUGCAGAUCCAUUCACGCAAAAUGAAUGUCAGUCCUGAUGUGAAUUAUGAAGAGCUGGCACGAUGCACAGAUGACUUCAAUGGUGCACAGUGCAAGGCUGUGUGUGUGGAAGCGGGAAUGAUUGCCCUUCGGCACGGAGCAACGGAACUUACCCAUGAAGAUUACAUGGAAGGAAUUUUGGAGGUGCAAGCCAAGAAAAAAGCCAAUUUGCAAUAUUAUGCCUGAUUUUUGCUCCUAAAUUGAAUAUUAAAGCCUUGAUACAAAAAGUUCAGAGUUAACUUUUGCAACUGAGUUCCUUGUGUGAACUCCUUUCACUUAUGAAAAAAAUAAAUUAAUAAAAAUGUUUCCUCUAACUGAGA